AUGUUGAAUAACCUCGAUUCCAUUAUCGCUACAAAGAACCUUGAGCAAUACAUCGAUCAACCACCUACUGCCUAUCCCACUAGCUAUGUCGCUCGCUCGCUCAUCCCAAUCCCCAUCCCAGACUUAACGGGGCUCAUCACCCGACUCUAUCAAGACCCUAUUGGCUUCGGCGCAUACGGUAAUAUUUACCAAUGUGUAUACCACGGACCAGAAGGCGAUGUACAGGUCGCCGUAAAAGCAAUUCGGUCACAACCCACUAAUCAGCUUCCUGUAACCUUUCGGAGAGAGCUCGGUAUUUGGAAGAGGUUGCGGCAUGAUAAUAUCUUGAAGUUCAUGGGUACUACUCGGGACUUUGGUCCGUUUCUGGCAUUGGUUGCACCUUGGAUAUCCCACGGUACUCUGACAUCGUUCCUCGACAAAAACAAGACCCUCAUGCAAUGUGAUCGUCUGCUUCUGGCCGCUGGCCUGGACUAUCUUCACACAUUUAGCCUCACCAUAGAUGGUCACACGUACUCUAAUCCAAUCGUCCACGGAGACCUCACUGGUGUAAUUAACAAUGUCCUCGUCGGUAGUGAUAGAACUGCAUAUCUUGCAGACUUCGGCCUUUCAGGAACUUUAACACAAUUGCCUGGCAUGGCGUACCUUGCGAAGAAGAGCCACCGCCCAGGAGCAAAGAACCGGCCCCUGCAAUCACCACUCAAGAGCGAUAUUUACUCCCUUGGUAGCAUCAUGCUUCAAAUCCUGACGGGAGAGUUGCCUUGGCCCCACUUGAAACGUGAAAUCGCAGUCAUGGUUACAGUGAGCACUGGUAAUGAAACACAUCCUCGUCCAGAUCGUGUCACCAACCAGCAAUGGGAUUUUAUCACUCGUUGCUUGUCCAAGACACCGAUGAAGCGGCCUUCUGCCAAAGAAGCACUUCAAUUUGUCGAUCGCGAGCUGAGCUUGCUACGGUCGAGCGGUGGUGGUGUCGCGGCAGACACCUCUUCGUCCAAUAACCUUCCAUUUCCAUCCUCUGCUCUCUAG